UCCCGGAAGCGGCGCGUUUUCCCCCGCUGCGCGCGCAGCUCAGGAAGAAGCGCUGCGGCCGGCGUGGCUUUCUUCGCAGAGGACAGGAGAGCUCCGAGUGAUCAGAAGUAAACAGAAAAAUGGCAAAAAGCUUGAGGAGUAAAUGGAAGCGAAAGAUGCGAGCAGAGAAGAGAAAGAAAAAUGCCCCCAAGGAGCUUGCCAGAUUGCAGAACAUCCUCAAAACAAACGCUGAUGUUCUAAUGGAUGAGGUGAAAGAGAUAGCAACUGUCGUUCCUGCUGAGAAAGUCAUAAAGAAGGAGGAUCAGGAGGAAGGGAGUAAGAUGGAAAUGGAUUCAAAAAGAAACCAAAAAACCCUUCUGGAUGAACAUGGACAGUAUCCAGUAUGGAUGAAUCCCAGGCAGAGGAAGAAGCUCAAGACAAAGCGGACCAAAGGGAAGAAUAAGCACAAACCACCUAAGGGAUUAGCAUGGUAGAGUCUGGGUGAAUUAAAAAAAAAGUCAUGUGUGUUUGUGGAAGACUUUUAUGUCAAAAAAGGCAGCCACAAAAACAAAACAAAAUGUGACUUAAACCAUUACUACCCUUUUCA